AUGCCGUUAAAUUCAGAUGACGACACAAAAAACUAUGGCAGACGUUUAGACAAAGGACGAGAGACAUCUAGAAGCGAUCAGGCUUGGACUGUUACAGCUUACCGUGGACAUGAUGACCAAUCCAUCUCCAAGUCGCCAGGCUGGAUGCGGUACAUGGACGUGUCACCAACGUCUAACCAGUCCCUGGAGCGAAGUUUUCCUGUAUGUCCUCACCCACCCGAAGACCGUAUCGAAGUGUUCCAGGUUCAGAAGAGGCCCGUCUCCCUUCGGCACAUUCGUACGAUCACCGAUCCAAACUUCACAUUCAUGAACGAUCUCAUAGCAGUGGGCCGGGACCAGUUUUACAUCACCCGCUAUAACUGGUACCGUUCCGGGGACUGGAUCAAGUUUGCCCACUGGUUGCACAUAAAGGAGGGAACUAUCUUUUUCUACGACGGACAUCGGGCCAGACAGGCUGUCAGCGAAACGUAUUAUUUGUCGGAUGGCAUCAGCGUUUCCCCGGACAAACGGACGGUCUACAUGUCUGAGUGGGGCAAGAAGACGCUACACGCAUACCGUCGGAAAUCCAACAAUAAACUAACUCCGCUCUGGAAAGAGUACUUGGACACAGGCAUUGAUAAUAUCAACGUGGACCAAGAGACUGGUGACCUCUGGAUUGGCUCCCAUUCGGUCACGUGGAGGCUUGUGGACUUUUAUGGAAUCUUCGGCAAGCAAACCGCUCCCAGUCAGGUGCUUCGUGUGAAGGUCAGCGAUGGCGGAGUCGAUGCUGUCGAGGAGAUUUAUUCUGAUAAUGGGGAGGAAUGUGCCGGCUCCACAUCCGCUGUCUAUGCAGAGGGCAAGCUUAUGAUUGGCAGCCUCUUCGAGCAGACGAUUACUUGUGACAUCGCAUACCUGUCUAAGUAG